GGUUGGAUGACGUGUCAACGGUGCGCAUGUUCGACGCAAGUCAUUUUCUCGUCGUGCAAAAUAUAGUUGAAGUGAAAUAAUUUCAUGUUGUCAACAUGACCCAGGAGCAGCUGCUUUCUGGUUUGAAGAAGGAUGUGCGCUCUCUCCUGGUUUCUGCUAAAAACGGCCUGAGUCCCGACCAGCUGAAAAGGGACUAUUUCAGCAUGCUGGGUCAUCCGCUCCCCCUCAGGUCUCUGGGCUUCAGGAACGUCAUGGACAUGGUCAAGGAAAUGCCUGACGUAGUGUCUGUGGACUACGCCACCGAUGGAAGUAUGGUGCUUAAAGUCGUCGGCGACCAGACCACCAAGGGAAUCCAAGAGCUGGUGUCCCGACAGCGAAACCCCAAGUCCAAAGCGGUCGCGCGGAAGCCGCUUUUCGGCUCGCACUUUCCCCGAUACGCGGCGAGCGCCCCUCCGCUCCUCCCCCGCCGGGGCCAGGCGCCCCCGGCCCUGCCGGCCCAGCUGCGCUGCCAGCUGCGUCAGCUGCUCUCCCAGGGGCCCGUCGGCCUGUCGGAGCUGGAGCCCUGCUUCGCCCGGCUGUUCGGCCGGCCGCUGCAGGUCGGGCACUACGGGUUCUACUCCGUCGCCGAGCUGCUGGCCGCCGCGGCCGACCUCGUGGACGUCCGCCAGAGCCGGGCGGGCUCCCUCCUCGUGCUCAAAAUCCCCCAGAAGCCCCUGGUGAAAACCGUGGUGAAAACCGUGGUGAAAACCGCGCCGCCGGCCGUGUCCCUGCCGCCCUCGACCCCCGGCGCAGGUAAAGGUCCGGUGGACGCAGGGGAACAGAACGCACUCAUCGGGAGCCAGCCGAAUUUGCCCCCCGAAUUGGGCCCCAGGGGUACGCCGGAGAACGGGAGGCAGCUCAGUGAGGCGGACAUCCCUGCGCUCAAACCCGUCCUGGAGGAAAAGACGUUCGAGACGUGUGUUAAAAAGCUGGAGGAGGAGCUCCGGAACGGCAUUCUGGAGAGCGGCCCUGCUGGGACCGUCAGCCCUGAGCUGAAGAACCAGCUUUGCCAGGUUGUUGCUGAGAACAGUGCGGGGAUCUCGAUCCACGAUUUUCCUGGGGAGUUCAAGAGGGUGAAUGGGGCGGACCUUCCCGUGGUCCAGUGCGGCUUCCUGAGCGUGACGGAGAUGGUGAGCGCGCUCAGUGACAUCCUUUACCUGGAGCCCGGCCCUGAGAAGGAGGCCAACAGUUGGAUCGUCAAGGGCAACCAGCAAGAGAGGGGGCAAGACACUGGUCUCGUCACCACGGAGACGUCCGAAGCCGGGAACCCGUCGGGGAGCGGUUACUAUUUAAACAGCGAGGACUCUCCGUGGGAGGGGAGGGGCAGAGAGGAGGAGCCCUCAGAGGUCCUGGAGGCGGACACCGAACUCAGGGUCACCACCAAGACCUUCAGUCAGGUGGUGGACGCGUUCCCGGCCGUCGCCGUGCCGACGGGCGGGGCGUGCCCGGUGCCCCCGGACGCCGUGCGGGAGGAGAGGCUGAGGGCCCCCACGCGCCGGCCGGACCGGGAGCUGGCCCCCGUGCUGGUGGAGAAGGUGGAGUCCCCCAGCCACUUCUACAUCCGCUUCCACCGGACCCCCGAGGCCCGCGCCCUGGAGAACAUGAUGAUCGAAAUGAGGGCCUGCUACACCUGCCCGGAGGUGACGGAGCGCUACCGCCUCCCCGAACGCUACGUGCGGCCGGGCCAGGUGUGCUGCUUUGCCCCCCAUGGCGUGUGGUUCUACCGGGUCGUCAUCCACCGCGUCCUCAGCCCCGGCCAGGCCCAGGUGUACUACGCCGACUUCGGGGAUCUCAGCGUCGCCGACAUCAGCAGCCUCCGCUUCCUCAAAUCCUGCUACUCGGAGCUUCCUGCACAAGCAGUCCCCUCUUCCCUGACUGGAGUCAGGCCCGUCAGUGGCAGCUGGAGCCCGGGAGCCGUCAGCCUCUUCCAGAAGCUGUGCGGUGAGCGCCCCCUGGUGGCCGCCAUCCACAGCUACCGCCGCGGCGUCCUGCACCUCUUCCUCUGCGACACGCACACCCCGGAGGACGUCUACGUGCACACCGCGCUGCAGGGCGAGGGCCACGCCCUCUCCUGCACCCCCUUCUACAGCAGAGUGAUCUUUGGACAGUUCAACCCCGUGGCCCUGUACAUGGAGACGGGUUUGCAUGAGGAAAGGACAAGUCUGUGCAGUUUGGACUCGGCUGAAAACAGUCCAGUCGCGCUUCAAGACCCGCUGGGUGCCUCUCCAACGGGUCCUUCUCCUGAGGGCGGAGUCCAACUUCAGCCAAUCAGAGAAGAGGUGGACUUGCCUGACCUCCCAGAGCUGGAGUUCAUCAGUAUCCCAGAAGUCAGCAGUACUGCCCAGGUGGAGAACCCGAACCCGUUCGGAGCGCUGCUGUGUACGAGCUCGGAGGUCUUCAGCGACUGGGACCGGGGCUGGGACCGGGACUCGACCCCUGGCGGUGUCCCAGAGGAGGCCCAGGGCCCCGGAGACACCGUGGAGCUGUGCCCUGGACAGAAGGGCUCCGUCGUCGAGAUGUCGUCGGGGGCGGGGCCAGUGGCGGACGACCCCCAGCCUGUAACCCCGCCCACACCGCAGCCCGACCAAUCAGAGAGCGGUCCUCAGAGCCGGGAGACCACGCCGGUGCGGACGCGGGACUGCGGCGCAGGUGUGUCCGGCCUGGCUGGUCAGCAGUCCUCCUCCAGCUACCUGUUUCCAUGGCUACGCCACGCCUCCCCCACCGUCCUGGGACCUGCGGCACAACUGGCUGCAGGAGCGCACCUGCUGAGCUGGUACCCGCACAAGAUGGCGUGACCUCCGACCCGCAAACUAUAACUUUUUGCCACACCCCGACAGUUAUGCAAUGAUGGCAGUUUCUGACUUUGGCUCCUGGAGGAAUUGAAGGUGGAGAUUGCGGGACUUUUCUGAACCUCCACCUUUUGGAAUUUUAGUUUUGAUUCACGG